UUCUCAACAUGACUGCAGAAAGAGGUUGCUCUCAGUAGACGCCGAGCCUUGGACCUCGGCUGACGCGACAUACCUUUGCCUAAAAAACAUAAUUGCGAAACUGUGAUCUGUGGUGUGUGGCUGUGAGGAACAAACAUUUCCAGAUAAAACCAUGAAGCUAAAACAAGAGCUACUGAUCCAGCCUUCUGGCGAGGUUUGGAAGAACAUCAGGAUCGAGCUGAAGGAGGACGUGGCGACCAGGGACAGGGAUGUGGCCCUCAUCAGGGAGUGGCUCAAGAAGCAGCCGCAUCUGCCUGAUGAUUGGGAAGUGCCACCCAUAAUGACCUUCCUCCGUGGCAGCAGUUUCUCCCUGGAGAAGUGCAAGAGGAAGCUAGACAUGUACUUCACCAUGAGAGCCGCCUGUCCAGAGUUCUUCACCAAGCGGGAUGCUACAAGACCUGACCUUGAUGAUAUCAUGACCAACAAAAUUCAAGGCCCACCACUGCCAGGAGUUACACCAAAUGGCAGACGAGUGACCAUAUGCAGAGGAGUCCACCCAGACCUGAACUCCCAACAGAUCACAGACACUUUAAAGCUGGCUCUCAUGAUCGGAGAUGUGCGUCUAACAGAAGAAAGAGAAGGAGUGGCGGGAGAUAUAUACAUACUAGAUGCGGCGAUAUUGGGGCCGAGUAUGCUGGCUAAACUGUCUGCCGCUACUAUUAAGAAGUUCAUGAUCUGUGUUCAGGAAGCAUAUCCUAUAAAGCUAAAAGAAGUCCACAUCAUCAACACAUCGCCGCUGGUCGAGCGAUUUGUUAACUUCGUCAAACCUUUCCUCAAGGAGAAGAUCAGGAAACGGAUCUACAUCCACAAGGACGUGAAGGGUCUGUACAAGUACAUACCUCAGGAGAUGUUGCCCACCGAGUACGGCGGACAGUGUGGCGACAUGGCUACACUACAAGAACAAUGGAAGCUAAAACUCCAAGAGUACCGCGACUGGUUCAAGCGACAGGACAGCAUCAUCGCCAACGAGUCUCUCCGGCCCGGCAGACCCACCAACUAUGACGAGUUGUUCGGAAUCGACGGCUCGUUCAGACAACUGUCCAUCGAUUAGUUGGUAAUCGAUUAAUGCGGUAGAUUGAUAAUAUAGUGAAGUUUAAUUAUUUUGAUCAAUUUUAAUGUAAUAUUUGUGUGUGCUGUUAAAAGUGCUCUAUAAAAAAUAUACAUUACUGAGUUCCACAAAUUUUCCAGUUUGAGUGGCUAUGUUUCUGCAGUAUUUGCUUAAAAUGUGAUCCACUAGUGUGGAAGCACUAUGAGCUUUCACACUAGCGGAUUUUUCGCGUUGCAACAUACGCACGCAAUCAAAGAGUUAUCGGGAACCGGCGCGGCUUGAAAGACUUUCUGCCACAAGGAAUGUGUCGUGCGUAGAAAAAACGAGCGAAUAAUCCGCCAGUGUGAAACAGCUGUAAAGAAAUAACAUUAUAUUGUCAAUCUACCGUAAUAAAUAUAAUUUUGUUGUAUACUCUUAUGACAUUAGAUUAAGUACAGGGUGAAGAAAUAUUUCGUCGGUGUUGUCCUGUGGUAGCUAGGUAAUUUUGUCUCUAUUCACAUAAAUAUGUUUAGUGUUAGUGGUAGAUAAUUCUUAUUAUAGUAUUUGAUCUGUGAUUCACUGGUUUUUACAUAUAUUUUUUUAUAAUUUGUAAAACACAUGAACAGAAAAAUUCGUAAUAAUUUUAACAAUUGAAAAGAGAAAAUUAAUUUUAUCAAAACGGAACCGAUUUUAUACUUGGACCCUAUAACUAUUUUCUAAGUAGGAUAUUUAGACCCUAUUUUAGAAUUUAGGUAAGUCGUAGCUUUUAGUAAAGACAUAAAACUGUCAAAAAGCUAUUAAGUAUCCAAAAUGACACUGUUGAAUAAAAAAUAUAUUUUUUGUAUUAAUUGAAAUUGUUUUUAAAUUUAUAUAAUUCUGAAAGAAGCUAGCAUAAAAUGCAAUAACUGUGGUAUGUAAAAUAUAAUGUCUCGAAUUU